AUGGCAUCAAAAUCAGCAAGUAACCAACAACACAAGGACAUUGAUAGACUAAUCUCUUGUGCCAUUUGUCUUGACUAUUUUGUUGAUCCACGCCUAUUACCUUGCUCACAUACAUAUUGUCUUGGAUGCAUCCGCAAGAUUGCCUGUGCUAAUUCUGGUCAAUUCGAGUGUCCUAUGCGUGAUGGAACCAACAUCAAAACAAAUCAUAUCGAUUCAUUACCGAUGAAUCGAGCCGUACGUGACAUGGUUGAGGUCUUAUCACAAAUGGUAGAUGUCACUGAUCAAAACAGACAGUCAUAUUCUGACGAAUCAGAUUAUCCUGCAGCUAGUGCCUUGGUUGUGCCGAAGAAUCCAACCAUGCCUUAUCAACCACCAUCAAAAACUCAAUCUCGGCCUAAAGCAGAAUCUCAAGAAUUCGCUGUACCUGAUGCGUGCAAGAGACUUGAUUGUAAAGGUGAUCCUUGUGCCAAGUGCUACAAGUGUCGUGAUUGGCAUUUUAAUGGUGAUCAAAAACAAUGGAAUUGGGUCUGCAAUCACAAAAAUUGGGAAGAUGCGGAUAUAAAACUUUGGGUCAAUGAUGGCUAUAGAUUGAAAUUUUUUAAGAAACGUGAUGCUGGUUACAAGCUUUUUACGCUACAUAUUAGUGCAACCUGUACUUAUUAUGAUGAUAAUUAUAGUUUUAGUGUGGAUCAUUAUCUUUAUGCUUAUGGUCGUGAUAGUUUUUUUGGUCACGUAUGUCUCUGUGAUAAACAUUAA